AUGGGCAAAGUCAUCCGGCCGCAGAGGAAGGGCAAGAAAAGCGGGGCCUUCAAGGUGUACAAGCACCGAAGGAUCGCGCCUCCCAAGUACCGCACCCUGGACUACUCCGAGCGCGAGGGCUAUACCCAGGGCGUGGUCAAGUCGAUUCUGCACGAGUCCGGGCGAGGCGCCCCUCUGGCUAAGGUGCAGUUCAAGAGCCAGAUCCGGUACCAACAGGACAACCAGUACUUCAUCGCCACCGAGGGGGUCUACACCGGCCAGAAAAUUUACUGCGGGGACAAGGCGUCCAUCGCCGUGGGCAACGUACUGCCCAUCAACAAGAUCCCUGAGGGGACCACCAUCUGCAACAUCGAGGCCCGCGUUGGCGACCGCGGCUGCCUCUCCCGCUGCUCGGGCACCUACUGCACCAUCAUCGGCCACUCGGAUGAUGGCGCCAAGACGAGGGUCCGUCUGCCCUCUGGCGUGCGCAAGAACCUCCCUGGACAGUGCAGGGCCACGAUUGGCGUUAUCGCCGGGGGCGGGCGCAACGAGAAGCCCAUCCUCAAGGCGGGCGUGCUGUUCCACAAGCACCACAAGAAGCGGAACAAUUUCCCGAAGGUGCGGGGCGUGACGAUGAACCCAGUCGACCACCCUCACGGAGGUGGCAACCAGCAGCACAUGGGCAAGCCAGGCACCUGCUCGCGGCAGGCCCCGCCCGGACAGAAAUGCGGGCUCAUCGCGGCCCGGCGGACCGGCCUCAUCCGGGGCGGGCAGAAGAAUGUCAAGGACGCAAAAUGA